CUGAUGACAUCACGGGGGUUUUCCGGGUGUCAGAUCCAGCUCCGACCAAAACUUGCUGUCAGCGACGCACUCACACACCGCGGGUCGAGGAAGGAGACAACAGCGAUCAAACCAUGAAGGGGGGAAGCGAGUCGUAUUAUAGCGGCUGUUCUGUAUAGCUUCGCCGUGACUAGCGUGGACUUAACAAGACGUCAGAGAAAAGAAAAAGAUGUCAACAGCGCGGCCCCUCCCAGGCCCGAAGCGAAUCACCGAGGUAGCCUGCGCGGCGCCGCCGGGGAACAGCCACCCUCCCGCCGCCUGCAGACAACCGGCAGAGCUGACCGUGGACGAGUUCGCGGUGCACGAAGACAAGGAGACCGAGUUAAAAUGCACGAAGCUUCGAGUCGAGCAAGUUUUCCAAGUAACGUUUACCAUCAUCGGCCUGCUGGACCACACCGGAGCCCACGGGAGCAGAGCAUCGAGACAGAUCUGGCUUCAGCUGAAGGGGAAGAAAGAGGAUGUGCUGAAAGCCAAGGAGUUUGUUAAGGGUCUGUGUGACCCGGAGCUGCAGAAGGAGGAGUGGUAUCCAGUGGAUAUGCACUGUAUCUUCGCUGGUGCUCGUGGCCUCUUUCUGGAUCGGUUGCUAUGGGACACUAGUGCUGAGGUCCAGGUGCUGGAGCCGGGCCGACUGAAGUUGUUAGGGCGCGCUGAAGCUGUGGUGAUGGCACAGAGCCGCGUUCAGCAGUUUGUUGCCCUUUUCCAGGAAAAACGCAGCUUGCCCCCUGACCGAGAGCCCUCAGUCAAGCGCACUUUUAAGACUUUUAUGGAGGAGCGGGCAGAUAAGUACACAAUGGAACUGCUGCUUCUGCCCAGUGCCCUAAAGGAGGAGCUUCUGGGGCUGGCACAAAGCCCUACACAGCCUACAGGUGCUGUAGACCUGGAGCAGGACCGCUCUCAGACCAGCACCCCUGUCACCGAACUCUCCAACCGCAUCCUGGGUGCUUCAUUUGAGGACAGAACCUCUAGACCCACACCUACACCUGACGCAGUGGUGCUGAACGGACGGCCUACGCACAAGCGCCGCUCAUCAGAGAGCGAGCAGAGGGACACUAAGAGGCAGUACUCGCUGGAAAGGCGGGAUGAGGAGCCAGAGAGGGAGAAGUCACGUGAUGCCAACCAGACACGGACCAAAACACCUGCCAAGGGCACUCUGGUACUGGACUCGGUUGAGCAUUCAGAUGAGGGCGAAGCCGUGAGCCCAGAGACCAACCUGCGCUGCCUGGUGAACUUCUUUAAGACCAUGGGCUACCAGCAGGAGGUGGUGGAGCGGGUGGUGAGGGAGACAGGCCAGACAGAGGACACUUUCCUGCUGCUUGAGCGCAUUGUUGAGGAGAGCAAGAAAAGCCAGGGCACACAGGGAGGACAGCACACAUCAACCUCCACAGCUGACCUUUCUCCUUCUGCCAACACCAGCUCCACCUCCACGUCCACAUACGCCCACCUCCACAUCCACAAACGACCCGAGAAGGAAAGGGUGCAGGGCCGGGCUCUAACAGAGAUCAAGUCCAAAGAGAACAUUAGGGUGUCCAGUAGUAAUGGCUUCAGCCAGAAGAGACAGCCUAAUACCAUAGUGCUGGACGAGGAGGACGAUGUUAUAGAGAUAGGGAGAAAGUCCAGAACUGUGGGGCCGCUGGAUCUCAGAUCAGACUCCCGGUUUGAUUACCUGUCGCGGGGAGGCUCUCAGACAGUGGGGCCUGUCCGGAUGGAGACGGUGACCAUGCUCCGCAGCUCCUCUCAAGGUCCUGUGGCUUCUGAAACACGACCAAGCUGCUCCUACCAGACAAUAUCUGGAAGGGUGCCACUGCCCCGCACUGAGCCUCCCGCACUUUCCAAGGCCUUGCCCCUGACAGGGAUGGCCCGCUUCCAUCAGUCCUUACGGACCCCGUAUCAAUUGGUAUUGCAAAACGAACCCGGCUGCCCAGACCUCAGACAUGUUAUCAUAGAUGGUAGCAACGUGGCCAUGGCUCAUGGACUAAAUCGAAUCUUUUCCUGCCGUGGGAUUGCCAUCGCUGUGGAGGCUUUCUGGCGGAGAGGUCAUAGAGAGAUUACUGUGUUUGUACCCCAGUGGAGGCAGAAGAAAGACCCCAACAUUACUGAACAACACUUCCUUAAUCAGCUAGAGGACUUGCGAUUGCUCUCUUUUACUCCUUCCAGAGAGGUCUGUGGACAAAGGAUCUCUUCACAUGAUGACAGGUUCCUGCUUCAUCUGGCAGAGAAGACAGGAGGCAUCAUCGUCACCAAUGACAACCUGAGGGACUUUGUUAAUCAGUCCGACGCUUGGAGAAAUAUAAUUCGGGAGAGACUCCUGCAGUUUACCUUUGUUGGAGACCAUUUCAUGAUCCCAGACGAUCCCCUGGGUAAGCACGGACCUCACCUGGAGCUGUUCCUGCGCAAAGAUGGCCAACGGAGUACUGUCACCGACCUGCAAGUCACACCUUUGGGCUACGCACAGACGCUUCAGCCGGUACCGCACGCCUUCCCCUCCCAGUCCAGGCAGCCGUCACAUUGGCCACAUUCUGGCCCACCUGACUGGCAUCCGCCUCGGCCGUCCUCUUCCCCACCUCCUUCUCAGCGCUCGCCCUUGGAAACCACAGAGUUGAAGAAGAAGUUGUACGACAUCUUUCCCGACCAGAAGCAGCGCAUCGACCGCAUCCUCAACGACAACCCUUACAUGAGGGACCUCAACGCACUGUCGGGCCUCCUGCUGGGCUGAGCACUACACCUCUGUUUUACUCGAAUAAAAAGCCUUUGAAUGUUAAACAUGUACAGUCCAAGCAGCAUAUAUUUGUUGUACAUAUUUAUUAUGAAUAAUCUUCUCAUAAUUUAUCUGUUAAAAACUUUGUUCUAAAAGGUGUUCCUGCCACACAGCUGUGUUUAAACUGGCUUUGCUACAAUGACCGCCUGAGGACGGUUCCUUUUUUUUUUUUUUUUUCUGGUUUUGGUAUGUGUGCCAGUUGCCACAUUGCUUUUGAAUAUUGACCUUUUUGAGUCAAAAAGCAGAUCAGUUUUUCUUAAAGUGUACAAUAGGCAGUUGGAGAAUUUCUGUAUUAUAAAGUGCCCUCCUGAAGUGCCCUAAGAAUCUGUUUGACUUAUAGACCUGGUCGCUUGAUUUCUCACUUUUACAGUACAGUGCUUCUGGGGUGAUGAAGGUGAAGUGCGUCCUUGCUAUGAAGCUGUCUGGAGGCCCCCUCCCAAAUGACUGUCUUCAAAGCCGGACGUACUGAAAGCCUUGAGAAUUUCACAGAAUCAUUACUCAGUUUUUUAGUACUCCCGUUUCCUUCUCUCGAUUGGGCAACCCACCGAAUUUACAAGCAGUGACUUCACAUGUGAAACUGUCCAGCUGACCUAAAUUUGUCCUGCUGUGACUAAGUUGACCAGCAGAGGGCUGUAUGAGUGUAGAAUCUCUUGACUAGCUUGCCACAAUGUCUGUACUGAUGUCUGAAAACAGAACCCGAUGUACAGUUGUAAAAAGAAAACAGAAUUAUUUGGAAAUUCUUCCAUAUGUUGCCACUACAAUGGAAAUGUUGCACAUUGUCUUUGUUCCCAUCCUGUUAACCUUUUUUGCAGUCUUCAUUAUGUUCAGCAGGGGGUCUUAAUUUGUCGAUUUAUAUCAUUUGGAGGACUUUUUUGUUUGAAGUGGGGAAGGAGAAAACCUGUGCAAGCAGCAUGACUAUCCAGGCGAGCUGUGGGUAUCUCACAGUGAGGCUGCAGGAUCUGUGCUAGUUUGCUUUUUUUCUGGAUGGCAGUGUUAAUAAAGGCCAUUAUGUGUUUAUUGGA